AUGUCGAAUCAGCAAGUGGGCGCAGUGUUUGAACGGGUGAUCCAGGAAGUCUGCGAUGCAUCGCAGGUGGAUUUCGAAGAGAGUGGAGUAGACCAACAGACGCUGCUUGAUCUGCGCAAGGUAAGAGACAAGAGACCUCCCUUCAAGAGAACCCAAGGGGGGGAGGCUUGGAAGGGGACGAAGGGCGAUACCGGCCAUAAAGCGGGGAGCUGGCAGAAAAAACUCUCCUCCCUGGGCGUCGCCCAUUUCCCCUGGGAUCCUCCACCUCCCCAACCUACUCCUCAGCAGAACCAACCCCAACCUCAGAUCCUCCCGCCUUCUGCGACCGUUCCCUCUAAUGCGCCUCGACCAACUCCCUCCCCUCACACUCAACAGCCUCCUCAGCAACAACACCAUCAACAGCCUCCCCUCCAUCAACAGCAACAACAUCAUCAUCAACAUAAUGCUCCUCCCCAUCAGCCGAUCCCGCAGUCAAUGGCCUCCACCGUCCCGCCUUUGCAAGCCCCGACGGCCGUUGGCGCCCCCAACCCCAUGGGACAGGCCCCUCACAUCAAAACCGAGCCGGGCAUCAAUGGCCAGUCGCUGCCUCCAAAUCACAUGAUGCCUGGAAACGCGCCCAAUCCUCAGUCCGCACGCGAGCGCGCUGCCAACAUGCUUCAUCAGCGAUACGGUGCGGCAGCCGCCAACUCGGUCAGUCAGCUUCAGGCCCAGUCGCAAGCGGCGAUGACCAUGCCCGGUCAGCAGCGUCCGCAGAACGCUCUGCCUCCCAUGGCGAACGGUCAGCACCCGCAGAUCAAGCAGGAACACGGCUAUGCUUCCGUCCCCCAGCCUCACAUGAACAACACGCAAACGGACGGCGCUGCCGAUGAUGCCUUGUCCGAAUGGAAGGCGGAAGUGACACGCAGACGUGAAGCCGCCGAACGUCAGGGCGGAGAAGCCGACCGAACUCUUCGGGAGCAUCUGACACAGCGCAUGCUCCAAUACGAAGGAGGCGGCCUUCUUGUCCCUCUCGAAGAACGCCAGAGCUCGUCGCGAGUGUCGUCUUCGGUAUCCCGCAUGCCCAAGGCUCAGGUCGAUGGUCCCGGCGGGGAUGAUGACAAGGACGAAGAUGAUGAAGACGCCAUCAAUUCCGAUCUCGAUGACCCCGAUGAUCUGGUUGCAGAAGACCACGACGCCGAAGACGCCGUCGGCCAAGUCAUGCUUUGCACAUAUGACAAGGUCGCGCGGGUGAAGAACAAGUGGAAGUGCACUUUGAAGGAUGGAAUUCUCACGACGGGAGGUAAAGAAUAUGUCUUCCACAAGGGCCAGGGCGAGUUCGAGUGGUAG